GAAUCUGUGCUGAAUCUGUGCCAACUUCCGUUACAUCGGUUUCCGACGGUGUUUGCACAUUUCAUAUUUCAUUGCGAUAUCUUGCCGUUAAUCGAUCAUCAUUAGUGAAAAUUCCUUGCAUAAUUGUCUCGGUGCCUCAUAAGAGCAUUAUUGUUGCCCUACGCAGGUUUUGCGGACCAGUUCUGCAAGCCAUAAGCGGGGUACUUUUGGUCUACCUAUUGUGAUAGUUUUCGUGUGCCACCUAUCUGCUGAGCUUGUUGUUAUGCACAGCAUUUGUGGCAAAGAAAGAAGUACACAUAUUGGUUUCCAGUGAAAGCUUGCCCUUGUUUGUUGCUCAUUCCGUGGAGAAGGAUGGCUUCUGACGAAAAUGUUAAAUCAAGAUUGCAAAAUUUUAAGAAUAAAGGAAAGGAUCAAGAUGAGAUGCGGAGGAGGAGGAACGAAGUCACAGUUGAGCUGAGAAAGCACAAGCGGGAAGAGACACUUCAGAAGCGGAGAAAUGUACCGCUGCAGCCAGACGGGACAGACGAUGACGACAUGGAGCGGCAGCACUCGGUGGACAGCCUCCAGAAGCUGGUGGAGGCGGCGGACGGCAGCGACCCACAGGCGCGCCUGGCCGCCGUCCAGGCCAUCCGCAAGCUGCUCAGCUCGGACAAGAACCCGCCGAUCGACGAGCUGGUGCGCGGCGGCGUACUGCCGGUUCUGGUGCGCUGCCUGCAGGCCGAGGACGAACCGGCCCUCGAGUUCGAGUCGUGCUGGGCGCUGACCAACAUCGCCUCGGGCACCACGCAGCAGACUGAGGCCGUGGUGAAGGCGGGCGCCACGCCGCACUUUCUGCGGCUGCUGCGCUCGCCACACCCGCAGGUGUGCGAACAGGCCGUCUGGGCGCUCGGAAACAUCAUCGGCGACGGUCCUCAGCUGCGUGACUUUGUCAUCAGUCUGGGCAUCGUGCAGCCGCUGAUCGCCUUCAUCAACGACAAGAUACCGCUCAACUUCCUCCGCAACGUCACCUGGGUGCUGGUGAAUCUGUGCCGCAACAAGCCGCCGCCACCGUCCCCGGACACGAUCCGCGAGCUGCUGCCCUCGCUGAACCUGCUGAUCCAGCACACGGACGUCUCGAUCCUGGUGGACACCGUGUGGGCCGUCAGCUACCUCACCGACGGCGGCAACGACCAGAUCCAGAUGGUGCUCGACUCGGGCGUCGUGCCGCGCCUGGUGCCUCUCCUUUCGCACGGAGAGACCAAGGUCCAAACGGCGGCGCUGCGGGCGGUGGGUAACAUUGUGACGGGCACCGACGACCAGACGCAGCAGGUGCUCAACUGUGGCGCGCUGGCCCACUUCCCUGCCCUGCUGCAACACCCGCGCGAGAAAAUCAACAAGGAGGCGGCCUGGUUCCUGUCCAACAUCACGGCCGGUAACCAGGAGCAGGUGCAGCUGGUGAUUGAGCACGGCCUGGUGCCGCUGGUGGUGCAGCACCUGGCCCGAGGCGAGUUCCAGACGCAGAAGGAGUGCGCUUGGUGCAUCAGCAACCUGACCAUCAGCGGCAGUCCGGAGCAGAUCCGACACCUGGUGCAGGCCGGCGGCAUCCCGCCCAUGUGCCAGCUGCUCGACUGCAAGGACCCGCAGGUCGUCCACGUGGUGCUGGACGGCCUCAACAACAUCCUCAAGUCGAGCGAAGACGUGGACGCGGUGGCGCAGAUAAUCGAGGAGUGCGGCGGCCUGGACAAGAUCGAGGCGCUGCAGAGCCACGAGAACCCCGACAUCUACCAGCUGACGUUCGACAUCAUCGAGCGGUACUUCUCAGAGGAUAUAGAGACCGGCGACGAGACGGCCCCGGGCGCGCCCAUCGACCAGGACCAGCCGCCGCGGUUCGAGUUCUAGCCCGCGCCCAGCGGCGUCCGACGCCGACUCAUGUGACAGCGCCGCCGGUCAUGUGACCGACGCGCCAGCGCCACACGGCGGGCGCGGGGACAGAGUCGGACAUCACGUGACGUGUGCGCCCCGGCGCCGGUCGGGCCACAGCAGGGCUGGCCCCGCCACACAGCAAGCUCAGGGUCUUUCACGAGCUGACGACCCCUCGCAAAUACACGACGGGAGUCGCUUCAAGUUUCGCGUGCGCACGCCGCCGAAAAGUGUGAUGGGCGCGCGCCCGCUGUCGCGCCCGGUGCUACUUUCAUUGGUGAGCGGCCGCAAAGUGUUUUGUAUUUUCUAGAUUUCCGGCAAAUGUCAACUUCGUGAAGGGCCCUAAGAAGGUUGCGUUGUUAGUGAGUGAGUCGCACCGAUGUGUGAAGCAGCAGGAGUGAAUCUGGCGUGGAAACCAGUGAGGAUACUAAACGCUGCAGCGCCCGGCCGCCCUUGCAGUGCCCGUCUUCUCAUGGCCUUGGUGCUUUUAUCGUGAGAUGUUUGGCAAUUACUUUAUUUACGCACGUAAAUCUUAUCUUAGCUCUCGGGGUUUGCCGGAGUGCGUGUGGGUGUGCCGUGUGCGGCGGCGCGGGGCUCCCCGCCGUACGGCGGCGGCCGGUGGGCGCACGAGUCGGCCCAGACCCACCGCGGUCGGUGCGGCGUGCCACGACACGAAGCCGCCGCACAGCCGCAGCCAGCCGCAUUUAGCUUAGUAACAAAGAUACUGUUGCUUAUAUUCUUAUUUUUGCUGGUUACUUUGUUUUGCCGUGCGCGACCCAGGCUGUCGCGGGGGCGAGCGAGAGGCCGACGGUCGAGCAACAGGGGCCGCGAUGAGCCAGUUCGUCAGACUAGCCGCGGAGGCGGCCCUGACCCGCUCAGGUCAGGCUAGCGGCGGCGACCUGCUGCUGCAGCAGACGGCGGCCCGCCACCUGCGUACCGACGUUGACUGUCCCUAUGGACCGGGACAAGCCUUGCACUGGGUCUGACGCAGUACCGUUAUACCGUACUGAGGCACGCUCGGCUCUCCUCGGUUUCCCGGCCGGCCCUGUGGCCUGUCGGCUGCAUGCCCGCACCCCUGUCGUGCCGCCGCGCCGCCAGUGCCCGGUUACGCGGCGUCAGAGAAGCCUGAGCCAACCAGUGCCGCCCGCCCGUGGGUGAGACCGUGUGAGUGGCAGCGAGCGGCGAGCGCGCGCACCACUGCUCCGUGCGGGCCAUGGAGAGAUCGGCGGCGGCGUUAGCAAUUUCAAUAAAUCCGCGGACACCGGA